CCAUCUACAAAAUAAAUGUUUCCAAAAUUCUUUGACUUGAUAUUUCAGUCACGUUAUGCGUUUUCACCACAGGACACAGAUUUCACCUCAUCGUAUCCAGGUCCCUCAGCAAUGAAUCAUCGCGGUGGUCGUGGCGGUGGUUAUAAUGAUUUUUCAGGUGGUGGCAGUGCCAUGGGCUCAAUGUGCAACAUGGCACCAGCGAUUAGCACAAAUUCGGUGAAUAGCGGGGGCGGCGAUUGUGGUGAUACACAGGGCUGUAAUGGUACGAAUCUAAUUGUGAAUUAUUUGCCUCAAGAUAUGACAGAUCGUGAACUGUAUGCAUUAUUUAGGACGUGUGGUCCUAUCAAUACCUGUCGUAUCAUGAAAGACUAUAAGACUGGCUACAGUUUUGGUUAUGCUUUUGUUGAUUUUGCUUCCGAAAUUGAUGCCCAAAAUGCGAUCAAGUCAUUAAAUGGUGUUACAGUAAGGAAUAAACGUUUAAAGGUUUCAUAUGCCCGCCCGGGUGGUGAAUCAAUUAAGGAUACCAAUUUAUAUGUUACCAAUUUACCGCGUACAAUCACCGAUGAUGAGUUGGAAAAAAUUUUUGGUAAAUAUGGCAAUAUUGUACAAAAGAAUAUACUCAGAGAUAAAUUAACUGGUAAACCAAGAGGUGUAGCAUUUGUAAGAUUUAACAAACGCGAAGAAGCCCAAGAAGCCAUCUCAGCUUUAAAUAAUGUUAUACCUGAAGGUGCCUCACAACCUUUAACCGUACGCUUGGCCGAAGAACAUGGCAAAAUGAAAGCAAAUCAUUUUAUGAAUCAAUUGGGCAUGGGUCCACCUGCUGCUCCUAUACCUGCGGCUGGACCUGGCUACAAUAAUAUGGUGCAUAGAGCGUACAACUAUUCGGGACUUUUGGAUGGUUUUUAUCGGAAUAAAUCUUAUCAUUAUCCUUAUUUAUAAUUCAGCCAGACUUUAGUGUAAAUAAUUAAUUAAAUUUAAUAAUUAAUAAUAAUUUAGAAUUGUGUAUAAUGUUAGGAGAGAACAAAACAAAUAAUAAUUAUAAUAAAAAUAACAAUUAACAAUUUAAAAAAAAA